UUUAACGGUUGACUCUAUCAGAAUUCGUUUAUUUUUGAGAAUUCAAACGAAGAAUCUUCCUCUUACUUGUCGCUCUUUCCAUCAUUCCGCUGAUCUGUUUAUUAUUGAAUUUAUUUUUUUUAAAGAUAGUAUGAAGUGCUAGCAAGUAAAAUAUCCAGCUAUGUUUGAAAAUUAUAUUUGGAGGAGAGUAGGCGUGCCCAACAGAUGAUAUACAUGGUGUUAAACACACAAAGUCAGCAAUCUGACACACAAACAGUGAUAAAUAUGACUAAAAAAUGAAUUUAUCAUUAAAAACAUUCAUUCAUCAAGUUCUCAUUGACUGUUAAAAUUGUACAUUCUUGAAUCCUUUACGCAGAGAUUCAGAUAAAUCUUCAAAAAUUAUUGUAAAUUAAUUUUAAAAAACCUAAAAUCAACUCCUCUCAUUUUAUUUUAGUACUCCACUUGUGUCAAACAGUGUUUUGCUAUGGUGUGUUUAUAAUAUAAUUAUAGUUUUGUUAUCUACAUAGGACGAAAGGUUAUUUUAGAGAGAAGGUAUAAAGCUUUGAUUAAGUCUAAGAAGCCCCACAAUACAUUUAUGGCAUUAUAUCACCUUCUUGAAAAUUGUAGCUGCACUUUGUUGGCAGCAAGUUGAACAUUUUUAUAAUAAUAAUUUGUGCACUUGGUAUUUAAGCAUUACAAUCAGGAUAGGUCACACUCUCUGCACUGAGUAAUAAUAAAAAGGAACAUUUGAACAUUAGGUAACAAACAGUGGAUAGUGAGAUAUGUAUAGGCACACUGAACAACAUAAAGAUGAAAUACAACAGUAGAAUGUAAUGCAGUGAAUAAAGAUAUGAAGGAAUAUAUAGAUUGCAAACACUGUAGAACUAGAAGUAGUUACAUAAUGGUGCACAUGAUGGACAAUAUUGCAUUAAAAAUUCAGGAAAGUAAUUCAGGGAUAGUACUUAGUGACUGAACAAAUAUGUUUUCAGAGAGCAUUUGAUCGUAGCCUUCAAGUCUGAGUGGUGAAUGUGGUGUGGAAAAGAGUUUGACUGAUAAUGGCUGUUGUUUGUAUAUGACUGUCUUUGUGGGAGAAAUGGAUAGAAUGCAAGAGUUUAUGCAAAGGUUUAGAGCAGGAGUAUGGACAGAAGAUUGAAAGACAGUGAAAACACCUACUCACAAAUCAAGACAUGUUGACUGGAUUUUGUUUUGUCCAUAUGACAAUAUUUUGCACUUAUCCUUUGUGUCAUAUGACUUUCCAUCACCCGAUGAAUAGAUUAUAAAGUGUCUAUCUUUUGUUUCCACGUCAUCAAUCAGACCACUCAUUUCAUUAUUUUCUUUUUCUUCAAAGUCUCAACACUCUUAAGAGAAAAUUUGUAAAAACAUAUCUCUUAUAAUCUCAGAUCAUCCCUGACAGAGACAUGCCAUAUUUUUUCUUUUGUUUGUCGAUUUCUGUGCAUUUUUAAAUGUAUAGGUGACCAUAUGGAUAGUGCCAUUUGGGUUUAAUGGCUCUUAGGUGUGUAGGGUUUUAAUUUUGCAAUUUUAGGCUUCCCAGAAAAGUUAGGAAGCAGAUUAAUGUUUUUAAAAAAAAAUUAAUACGUUUUUAUGCGCUUCCUCACUGUAGCAGUGAAUAUAUUUCUCAGCAUUAAGGUCUUCCAGAGAAACAAAAAAGGGGACAAGCACAAUCUGCUGACCAGUCUGCAAGGAAGAUGAUUGGGAUAUACUAGCAGCUUUUGGUUCCUGGGCAAACGUCAAGUCUUUGUUACUUCCCUGUGAUUAUGGACUAAGUGUUCACUAUGCAUCCAAACUUUUCCUACUCUGUCAGUUUUGUUCUGUUAGUAAAUGAAAGGAAAUAGCAGUAAAUUGUCUGACUUAUCAGAUCAAAUCAAAUCAGACUUUAUUGUCUGUCAAGGAUACCCAAGACAGAAAUUUUUCUUUUGCUCACAAAGGCAGGCAUACAUACUCAUACAGACAUUUAACACACAGUUAGUUAUGAAACAAGUUCGCACCAAUUUAUUUUUCACAUCAGUAGAGUUCUUGAGAAAACAUGUUUCUUCAAUUUUCAUUUCCUCUCCCUACUACUGCUACUGUUUACACAAAUUGGAAAGUCAAGUUUGCACGUGCUGUUUGUGCAUAGCACUUCUAGACAUUCUCACAUUCUUUAGAAAUGUGUUUCUGCUACUAUGCCAUGUGGAAAAGUUGUUGAUGAUUAUCAUUUUUUAAUGUAUCAGGAGUCGUUCCCCCCUCCACCUCUUCCAUUUGAAAUGUAUUUUUAAAAUGAAAGGGAAGAAUCUCUCAGAAAUAACUUCACAUAACAGCUCAGUUUUUCUGACUGCAAAAUGUAAAGGCUGUAUUCCCAGCCACUUAGCCACUCCCAGCAAGUCCCCAUUUCAGUUGCUUUAAAAAAGUGUCAUGCCAUCUAUGCGACAUGUGGUGUACAUAUGGUGCUUGUUUUUAAAAAAACUGAGUUUAAGAUAGGAGUAGUGAUAAAAUAUGAAAUCUGACAGGCAUGAACAAACCAUAUAUGUCAGUAUGUAUUUCAGCAUACAUUUAUUUUUGUUUAUGUUGUGCAUAAUAAUAUUUGGGUUUUUUUUUUUUCUUCUGCUGUUUGCUUAUGUGUGUGUAUGCAAAAAUAGUUGAAAAAAACUAUUCUUCCUUUAAUGGCACAAAAUAAAGGAUAAUUCAAUAAUUCAAAAGUACCUGUGAUUGGGAUGGACAAUUUGAUGACAUCAGGAGAUAACCAGCCCAUCCUUUGCCUAUAUGCUGUCCCAGGUGUGCAACUAUUUUCAAUACAGCUGCCACUUUGUCAUGGUGCCAGGAUGUUAAAUGGGGUGAGCACCAGCGAUCAAUGACUUACUGCAGCCGGGAACGCUAUCAAGUUUGUUUUAUUGAACAAGAUUUGCAGUUGUAAAGGUGUAUUGUGGCAGAUGCAAACUCCAGUGCAUUUCCAAUCCACUUGUUAGAUAACGUCUAAAAGUGAAUGAUAUCCAGCCAUGGAGCCUCUCUCAGCUGUGGAAUUGGAAUCUGCUUUGGUCAGCAUGGCACCAAACUCUGUACCAUCCAAGACUCAAACCUUGUCCUUGAUGCAAAUGUUAUUGCUAAACGCUGUUGUUUGUGGUGUUGAAAUCUGUGCCUGUGCAGGUUUUACCUACAUCCCACCCAUGUUGCUCAAGGCUGGCUACUCUGAAGAGGAGAUGAGCUUUAUCUUAGGUUUUGGCCCUUUGCUUGCCUUUUUCCUGGUCCCAUGGAUUGGUAGGGCAAGUGAUCGUUGUCGAAGCAAAUUUGGGAGACGCAGACCUUUCAUUUUAGCUCUGAGCAUCAUACUGGUAGUCUCCAUGUAUGUGAUACCCUUCGGUGAAUAUUUCACAAUAGCAUUUCUUGGAGAAAGUGACUUUAGUCACCGCCUGGGACUAUUUUUCCUGACAGUUGGUGCCAUAUUUCUUGAUUUUACUAGCCAGUCAUGCUUGACUCCAUGCGAGGCCAUGCUGAGUGAUGCUUCCCGCGAAUCUCAUCAGCAUGACAGAAUUUUUACAAUAUACUCCAUCAUGGUUAGUCUAGGUGGUGUCUUGGGAUAUCUUCUUACAGCUAUAGAUUGGACUACAAAUCCAAUAGGAUCCUACUUUGGAGGUCAGGAGGCCUCCAUCUUCUCCAUGCUCAUCAUCAUCUUCACAACAUCUCUUACGGCCACUCUUAUGACAGCAGAUGAGGUACCAUUGACAGCUCACCCAGCCAGUGUGGCCAUGAUUGCUCAGAAUGAUGUCCCUGCCUUGGAGAGCAGCAAGAUGUCUGCUGCUGGUGUGCAUGGACCGGCCACCCUUGUUCCCUGCCAGAUUCCCAUCAUUCAGAGUGCACAGGAAUCUGGAUACGAAUCAUCAAGCAGUGAUGAAGAUAGAGUAUUUACUGAUUCUUACCUGAAGGAGAGGACUAGAGUGUUUAAGAGUGGCAAUAACCGUCGCACGCCAAAGCGCUUCCGCUCAUUGCAGCGUUUCUUGACAAAGCUGAGUGUAAGUGUGCCUUCAAGAUCUCGUUUCUGUUCCUGGGUUAUAGACUGCUUGAAAGUUGUGUUAGCUAAUGUCCACCGUAUGCUGCCAAAACAGAUUCAGCAGUUCUUUUGCAUCCCACGGGUACUUCGUUACCUGGCCCUUGUCAACUUCUGCAGCUGGACUGGGGUUAUGGGCUUUAAUCUCUAUUUCACAGACUUUGUAGGGCAGGUUGUCUACAAUGGAAAUCCCAACUCUCCUGAAACAACACCUGAGGGUCACCUGUACGAUGAAGGUGUGCGGAUGGGUAGUUGGGGGCUGCUCCUGCACUGUCUGACUUCAGCAUGCUAUGCAAUGGUGAUUGAACGAUUGACAGAAACUUAUGGCUAUCGCACAACCUACCUUGUAGGAAUGACAUCAUUUUGCUUUGCCAUGACUGGUAUGGUGCUGGUGCACAAUGUGGUGUUUAUCACAUUGAUGGCUGGGUUGACUGGUGUGGCCUAUGCCACGCUCACAACAGUGCCUUUCAUGUUGGUCACAUUGUAUCACACUGAUCGCAAGACUUACUUUAAAGAUUUACCUGCAAGUACUGCAAACAAUCCAGAGCAUGGGAUUGGCACUGACAUGGCAACUCUUGACUCAGCAUAUUUCCUAUCAGAGGUGAUUCUGACAGUCAUCAUGGGCACCAUUGUCCACAUCACUGGUACUGUCGUCAGUUACAUGGUGGCUGCUGGUGCCUUUGGCCUGCUUGCAUGCAUAUUCACUCAGUGGAUUGUGGUGCAUGAAGGUGUAACAAAUGAGAUCACUAUUAGUUGAUUGAAUAUAGACAGAUUGGUGGCCUUAUCACUCAACAUUUUUUGUUGUAUGAUUGUCUUUAUCUCAUAUGUCUUCCAUAUGCAGGAAAUAUGGUUGUUAUGAGGGAUAAUGUAGGUUUUUUUGUUAAGCACUAGGGCAAUAAUGUCCUUAGUCUUCCACAAGCUGGUGACAUGAUUCAUUCUCUUUGUGUAUUACAAGAAGUUCUUGGAUGUCAAACUGCCUGGGGUGAGCAAAAUAUGGUAUUCAGAACAUCAAUAGAAAAGUCUGCUCAGGGCACUAAAGUGUGAUGUGACUGUGAUGUAACCGUGUUAUAGAGCACAUUUCAUGCCAAGGGAACUUUUCUUUUGGAGACUGAAAAUUCAUUAUACAUUUUUUAUAUGUGUUCUGAGUUGUCUAAAAUAUUUGGCAGAUUGUUGGGUAUGAGAGUGAGAAAAGAGAAUGUUAAAGGAAUAUAUAUAUAUAGAAAGAGUAUUAGAUAUAUUGGGCUGAAAUUAUAUGUACACACAUUUUGCUGCAUUUUAAUUUUAUAGAAACUUGAGUUUUAAAAGCCAAGUGAAAAAAGCAACAGCAGACAUUUUUUAAUGUAUCUUGAAAUUUACAAAAAUUGAAACUUUAUUUGAAUAUAAGAUCUAGAAUAUUCCUCGAACCGCAUAUAUUUUCUCAAGUAUCUCACAACUUAAAUGUUUUAUUUUCAAAGAACCAUGUGCACCCAUCAUUCAAUGCCAGGAAGCUAAUCUUUUCUUAAGAUAGAGCUCAAGUUCACCUCUACAGUCUUUAGAUUUAUUGUGAUGUGUUCAGUAUAUUGCAUUGGGUUCAUAAGUUGGCCUCUCUCUUUCUGGGAGCGGUCCGGUGGCGCAACGGUUAGCGCUGUUAGCGCCUGUCACCAAUACAGUGAAGGUUGGCUGCCCUGAGUUCAUUUCUCGUCUUGGGCACGCUGAUCUUUCUCUGCACGUGGCAUCUGCUUACAGGGCUGGCUGCUUGCCGUAAUAUAGCCUUAGCUGCUGACACGGCGUAAAACACCAAUUCCCCUCCCCCCUCUCUUUCUGGGUGGUUGAUACUUAUUUGUGUGUCAGAGACAAAAAUAAGAUAUCCUGAAAGUGUUCUUCUAAUGAGGAAGAUUGUAGAAAAUUUUUUUAUUGCUUUUUGUGGAUUGAUCUUUAUUAUCAGCAAAAGGAGAUUUUUAAAAAUGUUUCUCAGUUUUGGGUGGAGUAAAUAUUAAUAUAUAUUCAAAAUUUUGAAUAAAUAGCUUUGUUUCGAUCCAAAAAUAUAUUUUGAUAAAAUAUCUUUUUAUUGUUCAAGACAGUUGUAGACGUGAGGUCCUCAGAUCUCUGGCUGAAAUGUUUGCGAAUUUACUAUCAUUUUUCUUCCCUUGAAACAGCUACCUAAUAGGACCAAGUUAAUUCAAGCUUUGUAAAAGGGAGUCCACCAUUGAUUUUUAUAUUAAUGAAAUUGAGUCAAUCUUAGUUUUGUGAUCUUGGUGCAGAUACAUGCCUCUAUAUUCAUAAUAUAACAGAAAUGAAGGAUCUGAGCAGAGCAGUGUUUUAGCUUCUUAAUAAUGCACUGGCUAAAAUCUUCAGUGUCUGUUGCCAUUAAAUGGAAAAAAACAGCUGCUGACUAGAUUCAAGAACAAAAAUUGGCAGAGAGACAGUAGUAUGUAAAUGCAUGCAAAAAAAUGUGAAGAGAGGAAAAACAUUCUGGCAAAAAUAGAUAAAAAAUUAAUUAACAGUUCACUUUGCUUUUUAGUAACACUUUGUGUUCCGUUAAACUGCCAGCAUCUUUAAACUUACUUUAAUGUUUGACUGAGGUUACUCUUUAACAAUUGAUUGAUUAUACUAUUGUAUCAGUAAAUCAAAGAUUUCAGAUUCCCCAAAUAAUUCAUCUUCAUAUUUCCCUUCCAUAUAGCAAGGAAUACAUUUUAACGGCUUGUUUGCAAACUACUAUGACCAAAUCUAAUGUCUUACCAAAAUCAAUCUGCCCAGAAACUGUUCUUUGAGACUGUACCAAUAUACCUUUCCAGAGGCAGUAAAUCUACACACGGUUAUUAACUUGUCUUUCUGUAAAUGUUGACAGGAAAGGGAAACAUAUUUUCAGAAAAAAAUGUUCAUCUGUCCUUGGAUGGUUCAGGAUAUGCAUACUCGUAAAUGCAGUUUAUCUAGAGUGUUGGGGAAGAAAAGGCAACAAGGGAGAAGAGAUGUGAAGCUGGCCUCAAGAAAAGUGAGAUCUCUAACACCUCAUUCCCUCAAAACCUGAAAAAGGUUUACCUUACUGAUCACUGGGUGAAGUGCAGGGAUAGACGUGAUAGCUGACAAAGACCAAAGAUAUUAUGUCUGGUUAGGGGCAGGAGAGAAGAGAUUACGAAUGUUUCUGGAACUUGCAGAGUGUAAAGUUGAGAGAACAAAUUCUGUAGGUGCAUCAGAUUUUGUUAGGCUAUGUGUUGUUGUUGUGAAGUUGUUUAG